GGAACCGGCGCGUCUGCGGCGGGAGGUCGGCGAGGAGAAGUCCCGCGCUGUGUCCGCGUCCAUGGCCGCCGCGCUGCUCGCCCGGGCCUGCGGCCUCAGCCGCGGAGCUCUGCGUCCUCGGAAAUGGCGUCAGUUGCAUACUAUCUACCAGUCUGUGGAACUGCCAGAGACGCACCGGAUGCUGCGCCAGACAUGCCGGGAAUUUGCCGAGAAGGAGCUGCUUCCCAUUGCCGCCCAGGUGGACAAGGAGCAUCGCUUCCCGACGGCCCAGGUGAAGAAGAUGGGCGAGCUGGGGCUUCUGGCCAUGGAUGUGCCCGAGGAGCUACGUGGUGCCGGCCUGGAUUACCUGGCCUAUGCCAUUGCCAUGGAGGAGAUCAGUCGGGGCUGUGCCUCUACAGGAGUCAUCAUGAGCGUCAACAACUCCCUCUACUUGGGGCCUAUCCUGAAGUUCGGCUCCAAGGAGCAGCAGCAGCAGUGGAUCACCCCUUUUACCAGUGGCGACAAAAUUGGCUGCUUUGCACUCAGUGAACCAGGGAAUGGCAGUGACGCAGGAGCUGCCUCCACCACUGCCCGAGCGGAGGGUGACUCGUGGGUCCUGAACGGCACCAAGGCCUGGAUCACCAACUCGUGGGAGGCCUCCGCCACGGUGGUCUUUGCCAGCACAGACAGAUCCUUGCACAACAAGGGCAUCAGUGCCUUCUUGGUUCCCAUGCCGACACCUGGGCUCACGCUGGGGAAGAAGGAAGACAAGCUGGGCAUCCGGGCCUCGUCCACGGCCAACCUCAUCUUAGAGGACUGCCGCAUCCCCAAGGACAACCUGCUGGGGGAGCCUGGGAUGGGCUUCAAGAUAGCCAUGCAAACCCUGGACAUGGGGCGCAUUGGCAUUGCCGCCCAGGCCUUGGGCAUCGCCCAGGCCGCCCUCGAUUGUGCUGUGAACUACGCCGAGAAUCGCAAGGCCUUCGGGGCGCCCCUCACCAAGCUCCAGAGCAUCCAGUUCAAGCUGGCGGACAUGGCGCUGGCCCUGGAGAGCGCCCGGCUGCUGACCUGGCGUGCUGCCAUGUUGAAGGAUAACAAGAAGCCUUUUACCAAGGAAGCAGCAAUGGCCAAGCUGGCUGCGUCAGAGGCUGCAACUGCCAUCAGCCACCAGGCCAUCCAGAUCCUGGGUGGCAUGGGCUACGUGACAGAGAUGCCGGCCGAGCGGCACUACCGUGACGCACGCAUCACUGAGAUUUAUGAAGGCACCAGCGAGAUCCAGAGGCUGGUGAUCGCAGGGCACCUGCUCAGGAGCUACCGGAGCUGAGCGCCACUCAGUGCCAGGCUGGCUGAGGACCAAGGGGCAGGAGCCAUGAGACCUUCACCCUGGCUCCCUGUCAGGGAUACUGGGGGGUGGGGGGUGGACAGGCAGGUGGCAGGCCUGCCCUCUCUUGUGGACCCACCUGCUGCCCUCGCUCUGCCCGCCUCAGACCAGCCUGCCUGGGGCUUGAGUCUGGGAGAAGGGAGAGGUGAGCCCCGGAGGACACGCAUCUUCAGCUCAGUGUUUUGGCUUUGCUUCCUCGUCACAACCGUGCCUCGUUUUCUUCACCCACAUGGACCUGGCCUCCUGGCUGCAGGGCUGGGGAAGGGCUGAAUUACCACUCUGGGACCCCCGUUUCCUUUCUUAGGUGGGACAGGCUCUUGGCAGUGUCUGCUCCUCUCCUUGAGGUCGGGGGUGGGAGCCAGAAUGACCGCGCCUCAUGGUAGCACAGUUGUGUUCUCCUGGGGGUUCCCAGGGUCGUCUCUGGGAGGCUGUGUGGCUGGGUCAUUGUGAAGCACCCAGCGCCCCCCAAGCCUGUUCUUUGUAAAUUAUAAAUAAACGGGAAGGGCUCUGAAUCA